CGCCGGCCAUCGACCAAGGCUCAAGUUCGGGGGGUUUUGGUGAAGCGUUAAAACAAUAGCGAAUGGGAUCACACAGCAGUAGCUCCCAGAAGUCUCCCGCCAGCGUGGACAAAUGUGAUUUCAAGAGGUACGACGAAAGGGAUCGCUUUAGGAUGAUCAGAAAUAUGAACCAUGAGAUUCUCCGGGUGUAUGCCGUCGGAAACACAUACCCAACGGCCGACUUUGCGCAACGACCAGUCCCGAGGUCAAAAGCAGAUAAAGAUGGCGUCGAGUUUAACAUGAGAUGGUAUAAAAUAAAAAAUAAUAUACAGUGGCCCAAUGGCAUCCCGGUCGUCUUCCAGAUUAAGGUCAACGGGUCGGACUAUCACUUGUGUUGCCCUAAGGAAGGAACCGGACUGGUGUUUAAGGAAGGCGAAGCUCCAGCUAAAGUUAAACAGAAUAUGAACAUUAUCUUUUUCCAGCAGUCUUUAGAUGGACAAUAUCACAAGUUUGAAUCUGCAUGGGCACAGGGGUGGUUCUUGUGCACCAAAGAUCACACUCUUGCUAUGAAGAUUGCUGAUGGGACGGACGAAAUGAUAGCCAUCGGCUUGGAUACGUUAUAAGAUCUUUCUACCCUGCCAAAUAUUCAUCAUAAUUCUCACUUGAAUUAACAUUCCCAGUUAAUUUAUAACUGCUCUCCUCAAAGU